UUUGAAGAAAACAUUCUGGAUGCUUGCCUUUUUCUGAUGGACAAGGCAGAACUGGAGCUUUCUGGGCGUGGAAAUCCAAUCAAAAUCUGUCGUGUUGCAUCUGCAGUGAUCAACUCCAAGGAUGAUAAUGGUGUGAUUGCUGGAUCCUGGGACAAUAUGUAUACUUAUGGUGUCCCACCUUCAGCCUGGACAGGAAGUGUGGAUAUUCUCUUAGAGUAUUACAGUUCUAAACAACCCGUGCGAUAUGGCCAGUGCUGGGUCUUUGCUGGUGUCUUCAACACAUUUCUGAGGUGCUUGGGGAUACCAGCAAGACUUGUUACCAACUAUUCUUCUGCCCAUGAUAACAACGCCAAUUUACAGUUAGACUUCUUUCUGGAUGAUGAAGGGAAAGUGGACACCAAAAUUACAAAAGACUCUGUCUGGAACUAUCAUUGCUGGAAUGAAGCUUGGAUGACCAGACCUGAUCUUCCUGUUGGUUUUGGAGGAUGGCAAGUUGUUGAUGGGACACCCCAAGAAACCAGUGAUGGUAUGUACAGGUGUGGCCCAGCCUCAGUUCAAGCCAUUAAACAUGGUCAUGUUUGCUUCCAAUUCGAUGCUCCUUUUGUCUAUGCUGAGGUGAAUAGUGAUAUUGUUUACUCGAGAAGGGAGAAAAAUGGAACCCAAGUGAUAGAAAAAAUUGACACAACCCAUGUUGGGCAGUUGAUUGUGACCAAGGAAGUUGGGGGUGACGGCAUGAUGGAGAUUACUGAGGAGUACAAGUUCCAAGAAGGCUCAGAGGAAGAGAGACUGGCUCUUGAGACUGCUGUGAUGUAUGGCGUUAAAAAGCAAACUACCCAAGAUACCAUGUAUCAGCCACAAACUGAUGUUGACAUGGACUUCCAAGUGCAAAAGGCAGUCCUUGGCAGUGACUUCAAAGUCACUAUAACUUUCAGGAACAAAAGUCGCAGCUACUACACUGUCACUGCCUAUCUUUCAGGCAACAUAGUGUUUUAUACAGGAGUCACAAAAAAUGAAUUCAAGAAACACUCUGCAAAACUGGAACCCUCUUCACCCAGUGCUUUUGAUGUUGUGAUCAAAUCGAGCGAGUAUCUGAGUGACCUGCUGGACCAAGCCUCCUUUCAUUUCUUUGUGACAGCACGGAUUAAGGAAACAGGGAAGACUCUGGCCAUGCAGAAGGCAACAGUCCUGGAAAUUCCCACCCUGAGGAUCAAGACCCAAGGUGAGAUGGUAGCUGGUAAAGAAAUGUCUGUGACUGUGGAAUUCACCAAUCCUCUGAAACAAACCCUGGAGAAUGUCACACUCCGCCUCGAGGGACCUGGCGUGCUGACAACAGUGAAAAAGGAGUUCAGCAGGACUCCCAAGAACACUUUGACUUAUGAAGUGAAAUGCAUCCCAAAACGAGCAGGGUUACGAAAGCUGAUUGCAAGCCUGAACUGUGCUGCUUUGAGGCAUGUGUAUGGCGAGCUGAACGUGCAGAUUCAGAAACCAUGA